CAGCGGAGCUCGAGUAGACAGACAGAAAGACAGAGAAGAGAAAGGUGAAAAAGAAGUACAGCAAACUGAGCAGAGGGAUUACAGCCGGACGCGACAUGUUCCUGAUUAACAUCAUCUCUGUGGUGUUUGUGUUGGAUGUGUGUGUGUGUGAGUCGGCGCUGGGAUCUCCUGGCUGGAGUGAACCUCCAGACUGCGUGCGAGCUUCAGAGCUGUGCAACCAGAACAGCCAGUGCAGCUCCCGCUACCGGAUCAUGCGCCAGUGUCUGUCCGGCGGGGACAAGGAGCGCAGCACCAUGCUGGCCUCCAAGGAGUGCCAGGGGGCGCUUGAGGUGCUGCAAGACUCCCCGCUCUACAACUGCCGCUGCAAGAGAGGCAUGAAGAAGGAGCUGCAGUGUCUGCAGAACUACUGGAGCAUCCACAUGGGCCUGACUGAGGGUGAAGAAUUCUACGAGACGUCUCCAUACGAACCCAUUCAUUUCUCAGAGGAAUUCAGACACGCCUCUAUUAUCUCAGACUCAUCCUUGUUGAAGACGAGGCCCUGCUCUGAGGCAGGGAAACCCUGUAACCCCUGUGUGGAUGCAGCUAAAGCCUGUUACCUGAACGAAACCUGCAGGCGCCUGCGAUCAGCCUACAACAUUAUCUGCAGCAAGGUCACGCCCCCACAGGCCCCCGCAGCCAACCAGGAGCCGUGCAGCAGGAAGAGGUGUCAGAAGGCCCUGCGGCAGUUCUUUGAGCGGGUCUCUUGGGAGCUGACCUACCCUCUGCUGUUCUGCUCCUGCCUGGACCAGGCGUGUGCUGAGCGCCGCCGCCGCACCAUCAUCCCCUCCUGCUCCCACCAGGAGAGGCAUAAACCCACCUGCCUGGAACUCCAACGCACCUGCCGCUCCGACGCCCUGUGCAGGUCUCGCCUUGCUGAUUUCCACAUGAACUGCCAGAUGACAUCUCACACUGUCACCAGCUGCCCCUAUGACAACUACAUAGGCUGCCUCAUGUCCUACGUGGGCCUCAUUGGCUCAGACGUGACACCGAACUACAGCGACAACAGCCCCACCAACAUCACCAUCAGCCUGUGGUGCACCUGCAGAGGAACGGGUCAUCAGGAGCAGGACUGUGACGCCUUCCAUCGGGACUUCACUCACAACACCUGCCUCAAAAAUGCCAUCCUGUCAUUUGGUUAUGGAUCUGAAGGAGCAACUCCUCCUGUAACCGAGCAACCGUCCACUUUCCUGCCACCUGAUCAGCCCAUCAUCUCCAAACCGGCUCCCUCUCUGCACGGCAAGCCCAUCAAGCCUGUAGACACUGCCUGCAUGUUCUCCACCUGUGCCAACCUGCAGGAUGGAGGUCACAAGUGCAUACCCUCUGAAGACUAUGAGUGUGAGGAGACUUUGUUAGCCCAGGGGUCAAUAGACUCUCAGGAUUCGGUGGGACCUAAAAGCAGAAGCCAGCAAUCAGCGCCGUUACCCCAACACAUUUCUGUGACUGUGUGUGUGUCCAUUCUGCCAACACUUCUAUACUUCAUGUCAUAAAUUUGAACUCACACACCUCCAGGCAUAACCACAUACACACAAUCCUAAAUGUCAAGCAACAGAUGUCCAAGCAUCCACUACGGCCUUUUUUUUUAAGAGAGUCUGGAGCCGGUCCAGAUGAGCGGUCCUUCUGCACAACACAGUCACACACCGGCCAUGGGAGGGAGAACGGAAGCAGCUGCACUUUCACGUGUUGUAUGUGAUUGAAAAGAGACUCUUGGGACUCGGGUUCACAGUGACUUCACUUUCAAUGCUCUGAGUCUUCGCGGUGUGUGUGCUCUCUGUGCAACCCGGCUAACUCACUCCCCCAGGCCCGUCUGGAUCUGAGACAGCUGGGCCGACAAACACUGGAAGCGAGCAUAUGACUGCGUACACACACACUCACACAAUUUGAUCAGAAGUGUUAGAGUUGGCAGCUUCAGAGAGAGGAGAAAGAAACGACAGGGAAGGACAGCUGGGACAGAUCCUUCCAUGAGGUUUGUCAACUCAAUUUAUCCUCCCUUAAACCUCCCUAGUGGCAACAAAUCUACACAACAUACAAACAUCACACAAUCCCACCUACAUUCAUCCUGUCACUUUCCUCUUAGACCUACUUAGCGGGUAAACAGGGUCCCCACAUGGACACAAACACUCAUGCUGUACACCAGUGUGCUAUUUGUGGGUCUUUAUCUUCAUUUUGUGGUCUACAUCCUGUACAAACUUCAUUUACUGUGGAAAAUGAAAAGUAAAAAGUCCAGUGAACGAGUGUAUGCUUCAACUCAGUGUUCAGCCUUGUGUGGGCGUGUGCGCGCGUGUGUGGGUGUGUGUGGGUGUGUUUGUACGUCAGUGUGAAUGUCCGUGAUGAUUGUUGACACAUCUGUGCAUGGAGGCAAAUAAAUGAAGGAACAGGUGGAACUUUAAUCAGAUGACAAACUGAAACAUGAUGCAUAUGCACAGCUUAAAUAUUCUCUCUAAAUUCAACUUUAAUUUACAGCAGUUAGUUGAUUCGUUUCUAGAAAUACUUAACUACGUCAAUGAAAUAAUUCUGUUUCAUGGUGUUCAAUGUUUUCUGAAAAUGUAACUUUAAGUUGAUGGCUAAAUAGUGUUUUAACCAAGUAAACACAUUUCUUUUUAAAAGCAGAUUGUAAACUGGGUUCUGUGGUGCAGUCGUUUCACCUGCACCAGUUCUCAAACAGACUUCAUCUUUAAGUACUUUGCAAACAAAAAGUGUCUAAUCAAACCAUUCAGGCAAUGAGAUUCCAAGUCAAGUACAUCAAUUCCAAUUGAUCCUCAUUAUCAAACAACGUGGUUUGAUAGAAAACUUUCAACCAGUUUGAAUAACAAAGGAAACCCAUCAGUCUUGCAGAACUCCCUCCUCCUGCAUAUGCAUUUAUUGAUCGUAGACAGUUGCUUGUGUUGUUGACUUUGCAGCAAUCCCUCAAACUGAGCAUGUAUGUAGUGACAGUGGAGAGAAAAGGCAUCUCUUCUGUUAUCAAAAACCCAAUAAUGUUCAUAUCUUCAACAUCCUUGACCUGUUGGUCAACAUCCUUGACCGUGUGUCUGUCCAUACUGUUGUAUGGACAGACACACGGUCUUCCACCUCUCCCUGGACUCCAUCACGUAUCCAGCUGCAGGGUCCCAUUAGGGCAGGAGGGCUCUCUUUUGCCCAGGCUUCUUGUUGAGAAAAUGUUUGCACAGUAAACACUGCCGGCUCCUCUGACCCAAACUCAUCUGACAUGGACUGAUGCAAAGUGGACAAGUGCAAUGCAAAGCAAGCAACUAACUUAUGAUGAGCAAAACACUAGAUUGAAAAGGAGUACAUGGUAGGUUUUUGGGGUUUUUUUUGGUUUCAAAAUCCUGCGUAGUUCCUUUAAAAGUUGCGUUGAUACACAUCCAUACCUUUGAAAAACUCCACAACUAAAAACAAUAUCUGACACCAGUUCCCAUUUGUUUGUUUCAAAUGCCAUUAAGUCCUGAGGAGCUGACACACAAAGUAAUAACAUGCUGAUGAGGAAAGGAAACCCUCCUGACUGUGUCAGAGCUUCCUGUCAGGUUGCCUCAGCUGUUCCCAGUGCUGAGUGAAUAAACACAGAUGGGUUGACACUUCACAGCAACCAUCAAGGUGAGAUUCUUCAGAUUUCUGUGAUCAUCUGUGUUCAGUCAACACGUGUUUGGUUAUUUUGAUCAUUUCUUGUCUCUGUCUUACUUCCAUAAAACUGUUCAAUGUGUAUGUGAGUGUGUACUUUACCUCUGGCCUCUGUAUGGAGUAUUUUUUAUGUUUUGUAGAAGCUACAGACUGGUCAUCAGGUCAGUGUCAUGGUGGCCGUUCCCUCCUUCAGAGAGGGAUCAGUUUCUGUUGUUAUGGUGUUGCCUUACUUUACUGUUUUUUAUUACCUAAAAGUAAAAAUGGUUCUGAGUGAAGUGACACUUUUCCAGGGCAGAAGUCUAAUCUAGCCACACUGCUGUUAAAUUAGGAAGAUGUUUGAAUGAUCUCCAAAGAGGGAAUUUUGAUGAAUUAAUAAACCUACAUUUUGUAUCGUGACCAAAGCUUGAUAUUGCUUUUAUCUAGAGGUGCACCGAUCUAUCGACCAGCCCAUUUAUCGGUGCUGAUUUCCUUCAUUUUGGGAGAUCAACCGAUAUUAUCUACCUCAGCAAAGAUUUAAAAAUCAGUCACUGUCCUCUUCUGCUCUCCAGUGAGAGCUUUGACUGACUGACCGGCCCACCAGGUCAUCUCUACAUGUCUGCUGUUAACAAUAGUCACCCCAAUGUUGGAAACUCAGCAACUUUCUUGCUAUAGUUAGCAACAUUUCAAACAAAUAAAAUCAGGUCAGGUUAGGCUUCUUAAAGAUUGGCUAUCGGCGAUCAGCCGGAAAACUGCAGUCGGUGCACCUCUACCUUUAUCCAUACAGUGGGCUAAUAUUUCACAAUACAAUGGAAUCAAAGUCAAGCCAUUUGUUGUUUUCACCAACAGAUUAAUCCUACAAAACUCGUAUAAUCCUUGAACAUCAUUUUUUGGUCUUUCCAUAUAUUUUGAAAAUUUCAGUUCCAGCUGAUAGAGCAAUCCACAUUACUAUUCCCUAGCAGAAAAAAACACUUAUUCUUAAACUACUUGGUGUGAUGUUUGUGCAAAAUAAUCAUUUUAAUUGUUUAUUAUUUGUAAGAUUUCAUGACCCACAGUGGAAAAAGCUGCUUUUUGUUUAGUUCCCAGUUACAUGUUUUACUUGGCAGAACAAAACAUAUUGACCACAUGUUUUGUGAUAAUAAUCAUAUUUUGUGUUCAUGGUUUUUAUUAAUGGCAUCUAACCAACAGUUGGUACUAAAAACUAUCCACCUGCUAUCCAACUAUAAAAUUAUUUGUACAUGCAGACUAAAAUAGCUAUGAAAUCAAAAACAAGCCAAUUUGGCUUAACUGUGUUGAUCUUUGUUAUUAAUUAGCAAUAGUAUAAAGUAAAAAACAUAAUUUCUUUUUGCUCCAGCUCCUUAUCUUUUGGAUGAAGUCAGUUCUAAUGUUUUGAACUAUGUUGUAUUGGGAUCCUCCAUUUCUCAAACAAGAACCCUUAGACUGUCAGAACAGUGUCAUCAGUGGCUGAUUCUUUCACUUUUAUCUUUAUUGUUCCCAUACAAACUUCAAAAAACGCUGGUGGUAAUUUGAAAGUUGUGUAGACUAAAAUGAUCUGCUUUUAUCUAACAUCGAUUGGUUAUUUCUAAGCUCAACAAUUCUAUGUGACUUUCAUGAGAAGGGAAAUGUAUGAAAUUUUAUCUUCAAAGUUUUCCACUUGUUGAAAUAAGGAAAAAAGAAAGUAGAGUGUAGAAAUGAGUUUGUUCUUCAGACUUUUCUCAGGCUCUCUCCACAAGGAAACAGGCUGCAUACAGACUGCAGCCUGUUUCCUUCCAGAUGUGGCAGCACAAAAAGCAGCUGUCAAACCUAUACAGCAGCCAUGACAAAUAUUCACCUCCUUGGAUUUUUUUUUUUACCCUUUUUAUUUAUGAUCAAUGUAUUUUAGCUUAUUUGACAAAAAACAUUGUAAAGUGAAAAUGUAUUUCUACAAAAUAAUGACAAUUAAAUGAAAGUUGGUAACAUAAAAUAAGGGAUUGCAUAAAUAUUUACCCUUUUACAAUUACUGGCUGAACUCAACAGAGGUCCAGUCAAUUGGUGUCAGUGUUCUCUAAAGGAGUGUGAUGGAGAUCAGCUGAGUGCAGUGACUGUGUCUCAAUGAUUGUUUUAUAAAGACAGCUGUCUCUGGAAGGUCCGUUCUAUGGUCCAUCAGUUUCCUAGCAAGAAUGAAAACAGAAAAAGAUCACAAGCAAAUCAGAGUAAUAGAAAUGUAUACUUCAAGAAAGUAUUAUAAUCAUCAUCAAGAAACAAAAGGAAUAUGGUCCAUGUGUAAAUUUGUGUAAAUCAGAUCGUCCUCACAACCAGGGUGGCCGUGCAAAUAGGAGACUGGUGAGAGAGGACCCCAGGUCACCAUGACUACACAGAGGAAUUUCCUUAAAGGCAUGGGAAACUCCAUGGUCAAGUGGAAGAAAGUGUUUUGGUCUGAUGAGACCAAAAUAUGAAGCUACACCAAGUCAAAUCCCAGAGAUUUGGGGCUGGACUUGAAAAGAGUUGUUGAAAACUAAUCACCACUAACCGACAGAGCUGGAACAGUUUGCAAGGAAAAAUGAAGUAAAACUGCAGAUGAUUGAAUCCUAUCUAUAUUGACUCUAUCAUGUGAUUUCAGCCAGAGGCACAUCUACUAAAUAAAAUACUAAAUACUGACCUUCAGGGGUGAAUAUUCAUGCAAUCACUUAUUGUAUCUCACAUAUUUAUAAGUGGUAAAUGACCUCUGUGUUUUUAGCACUUUCUCCAGUACAGAGGAGUCUUAAGCACUACUUGAGACAACAGUGAUUGGAGUUCCAAUUGGGGGGUUGCUGGUUCGAUUCCCACACCAUCUGCUUUAGUUGUUGGGCAAGUUGACCCAUCUAGCAUGCUGCCAGUGGCGCCUUUGACUGACAGUGGCUAGUAUCCAGCAGCUUCCUACCAUCAGUGUGUGAACAACUGACUGCAGUGUGAAACCCUUUAGGCUCCUCUAGAGUUGAUCAAAUGUUGUUCAAGUACUGACCAUUUACCACUGACACUACAUUCACACGUUGUUGGUGGUAAGCUGUGUUUUAAUUGCUUACAUUUGCAGUUCUCUCUUGCAAAUGGAUUUUCUUGUAAUUUUUUUGUCAAAAAAGCCAAACAAAGUUGAUUGUAACUGAGCUGUAAAAGAAAAAAAAAGGUAAAACAUCACAUGGAAUGAGUACUUUUUAAAGGCACUCUGAAUGGAGGACAUUAGUUUAUUUUUAUGUUGGCACCAUAAGUUAUUCUUAUCCCCCUGGUAUCACUGUCACUACCUGCUCUUUAAAGCAUCUCUCCCAGUAGUAACUCAGGUCCUGUUCACAUUGAAUUUGGACUUUUAAAGUCGGACUCCCACCUGGGUGCAGAUCCAACACCUCUAAGUUGCGCCUUAGCUCUUUUCUCCUGGUUGUUGGAACGCAAAAAAUAUGAGAGUCUUUUAGAUUGCAAGAUGCAAAGAUAAAUCCUGUCAAAGGAAAACCCUGAAACUGUAGUAGCUUUGAGGGGGAUGAUGAUGGAAAAACCUGAAGACUCUCUCAGAAUUUACAUGCACCUCAGAUAAGUGGUGGUCUAGUUUCUCUUAGAAUGUCCUGAGAUAUUUUUACAAUUGAUGCUGCUUUUGCAUGACAGAAGAACAGUUUAGUUUUACUCUGCUCACAUUUACUGUUAGCUUGAGUUUGUAAGACAAGUUCAACAUAAGGAUACUAACUUAUGCACCACAGACAAGUUAUUGACUGGAAAUGACCUCUGUGCUGAACCCCAAAUGAAAAAUGUAACAGCCUCCAUGUAUGUUUGACUGAAGGACAUAUCAUCUUCCAUACUACUGUAGAAUUAUUUGACACCAAAUCCAAAAGUCUACUUCAUUCUAAUGGAACCAGAGUGGACUGUGAAGUUAUUGCUAAUUUGCUGAAUUGAUACCAAGAGGCUCAACUACCAAAAAUGGCAUUGAAAGACAUUUGCUAUUCCAGUGGACGAAACAGGACCAAAAGUUGCCUCAUUGUUUAGUUACAUUCCUGACUGUUAAUAUCUACUGACAUAUUAACAGUUAUAGAAUCUCAAUGAUGCAAACAUUUUUCAUUUGUAUUGUUUAGAAUUGCUAAAGUGAUCAAAAGCGACUGUUAGCUUCCAAGAAUUUAUUUACUUUUCAUCUUGCUAAUAAUAAAAAACAUUUUGAAAGGUAAAGGAGUUAUUGCAAAUAAUAACACAGAACUUCACAAUAAAGCACCUAAAGUAAACAGUAAACUGCUGUCAUGUCAGCAUUUCAUAUUAAUUGAUGUAAAAUCUGUGUUAAAACAGUCUCAGUAGCAGAUUGCAGUCUUUAAAAUGACCUUACCAUGUCAAAUAUGAGCUGAAAAGCUUAUCUACAGUAAUUGUGUGUUAAUUUGUUGGUUAUCAUCAAAUCUAUAUUGUAGUUCAUUUUUUUCUCCAGCUGUAUUUUUGCUACUCUAAGUUCUUCUAGUCAGAGAAGUUUAAGUAGAAAAAGUCCCAUUCUUCAGGUAAAAUAAUACAUUUAGAAUAAUAUCUGCAGAUUACGUUCUCAUGCUUUAAAAUUUGUCAGACUAUGUCUGAUUACGUUUGAUCUAUAGUCUACUGAAGAUAUUUACUUUAAAAACUCAAAACUGGUGCUUUGAAAAAUAGGGUGGAGAAUCUUCUUUUCUAAUUUGCUUUCUGGUGAGUUAACAAUUACCUUCUCUAACAAAUCAAGGUAUUACAUACAGAGAGGCCACAAGCAGCAGGUGUUGACAGUGUUGAACCUUGUAUUACAAUCAGGAUGAAAAUAUGUUUUUAAAGUGUACUUUGUUUUUUGUUUUUUUUUAUAUAGGAGUGUGGCAAAUUUAUGAACUUAUACUCUAACUUGUAUUUGGACACGAUUGAUAACUUAAAACUCAAAUAACAAAUCUAUUAGUUUAAGUUCAAGAAUAAACUAUAAUUGCAAGUAUAAAUGGAAAAAAAUACAUUGGGAUGCCAAAACAUAAUUCAUUUGCAAAUGUUAAGCAAAAGACAUUUUUGGAUAUUAUAAUGAAUUAUUUUCUAUUGUUCUUUUAACUAGUCUGCUGCUUUGUCUUCUACAGCCAUGACAUGUUUACAUCAUUUGAAGCGAAAUCUGCAUUUUUUUAAUCACUCUUACAAAUUUACAACAUGUUUUUCUGGAACCGCUAUUGGGAUAAAGCUGUAUUUUAAAACCCUCACUACUGCUUGAUGUUGGGAAAGAAAAGUUGGUUUGUAUGAAUGAUCUGAGUUCCUGCAGGCUGCCAUCAGGGCUUUCCUGUCUGGAAUCACAGGGAGAGAAAGGCUCAAUGAGUGGAGUGACAGGGAAGUUGUAAAUUUGCUGAUCUGUUGUAAACUUUGACAGCUCUACGGUGUAAACUAAAAUAUGUGUCUGGAGAUCUAAAUAAAGUAACAUCUGUAACAAA